AUGGCCUUCCAAAUCUCCAUUCGCCCAACAAUCCCAUUCCCUUUUGAGGUAGACCCUCAAUUCCCUGAAGAGAAGCAAGGGAAGCCAGCUUCUUGGGCUCGAUCAAACGAUGAGCUUGACGAUGAGUCUGAAGAUGAGGAAAUGGAUGGCGAAUUCAGUGAGGCGUUGAUUCGCAAAAUCGACAACCACCGUUGCCCGCCCUUCGAUCUGCUCGCCUCUGUCUACAUCGACGGCAGAAAGACACCAGAACGCAGAUGCGUCGUUUACCUUGAUCCGGACCAUCCAGAGCAUAUGAUUCAAGAUGGGGAGUUCUCCCUUCGUUCAACCUGGCUGCGGGGUCGCGACGGCAAAACAUAUUCUCAUCGCUGGUUCUUUACGAAUGUCGGCAUCGAGACUCUAUUCGACAAGAUGGCCCUUACCAACGAUGUGCCAGCAAAUCCUAGCAUCGUUGUGGAAGAUGAGCUCUUAUCGGCAAUGAACAAGACCCAGCUCACCAACAGCAAAGCAGAGCCGAAGCUGGGCCAGAUCAAGGUUGUCAUCGAACGCGUCACGCUGAGCGAGACUUUUGCCGACCCGGCCUACAAAGCCAAAAGGGCCGAUCAGGAGGAUGUGAACAUGGAUGGUGCCAGGGAUAUUUCUCACGCAGUAAAGCUCGAACAUGGGGAAGCAAUCCCAUCGAAGCCGGUCCGUGUCGUGCAUUACGACUACUAUCAGGAAGACGAGGAGCCUUACGCGGUCUUCAAGUUCUUCUAUCGUAGCGAAGACGUCCUCCGCAAGUUCAACUUCGAAGGCUUUCCCAAGCCUGCAAUGACCUCAUCUCGAACUGCUCGUAGUCGUCGGAGGAUGAAUGACCAACUCAACUUCCUCACUCCGCUCAGCAUAACCCACCCACUCCCUCCUCGUCCGGCAGACAGCGUAGUCAAGGACCGGAAGAAGACUUUGCAGUCAACCGACGACGAGAAACACAUCAAGACAUUUGGCUCACCCACAAAGCGCCAAUGCCAGGCCGGCUCUGAUGACGCUGACGAUGAUGGCGCAGACAACAACAAGGGAGCUGACAAGAAUUGUCGAAAGGCGGAAUUCGACGCAGCUGAUCAUUCCUUCGCACCAAAGCAGUCCGACUUUCGUUUACAACUCGAGGAUGACGAAUCCGACCCUUCCGAAGGAGAAGACAACACGUCUGGGUCUUCUGCGUCCACCAUCCUUCUCAGCCCGUCCUCGAUCUCAGCCUUGAAGCGUCCCGUCAACGCGCACCCUGCUCCACUCAUUCGGUCACGCGCCUUGGAACUGGAAAAGAAGACGGAUCACCGCGAAGAUCCUGCGUCAAACACCUUCCGGUACCUCGCGCCACCCGAAUCAGCCUGCUUUGCACCAAACUUCGACUUCCACAGCCCUGUCUCAGUGUCAAGCACCUUACCCUCCUCAGUCUCACGCAUCCCGUCUCCUCUCUCCUCCAACAGCGGGUCCACGGAGCAUGGCCAAUCCAGCGCAAAACCCUCCUUCAAGGACUUCCGACUCCUUGAAGAGCAGUCCGGCGAGGACGCCGACGCAGAAGACAACGACGACACUGACACCGCCUCCAUCCGCGCCACGCGCGCCGAUUCAGCCGAGCUCGAGGCCGACGGUCUGAUGGCUCCUGACCAGGACGACAGGGGUCUACAUACUGAGUUGGCGAAGAGGCUCUUGCUUGGCAAACGUAGCCGCGACGACGACAUCACAGCAGCGGGCGAGGAUGCGGCUGCCGAGCACACGGGUGACUCGGCUGGCUGGGCAGUACAUACCGAUGUCCAGGGCUUCGGUCACAGACGCCGUGGGGUUUCGGGUCAUGGUGCUGUUAGGAGUGGGGCGUCUACUGGAUCGGGCAGUAGGAGCAGUGGGGAGGACGGAUCGGACAAGGCGGUUAAGCGGACGAAGAGGGAGGAGCGUGAGCCGAUGGUGGAGCAGUAUUGCUCUUAG